GGAUUCUAAUUCACAAAAAUGACGAACCUAUUUCACAUCAUCGAAUUUCAAACUAUUAACCACCAAACUCACCCUAAUUAUUAUCCAUCCACCAUUCCUUUCCUAGUUGUUGAAAAGGGGAAGGGAAUAUCGUUGAUCGAUCCAUGUAAUGGAAACAAGAUGAGUCAACACUAAACCACCAUAACUAGAAAAACUAGGGUAUAAAAAGCCUUUCCAAAACUUAAAAUUUCCAAACCAAAACAAUACAUCACCAACGACGCAACGAAACUGCAAGCAAAAGCAGAGGAAAUCAGCUUGACAUUCCGAAGUAUCUCUCAAUAUUCUCAAUCAACCAUCUUAAAUUAAUGGCGACAUUUGAGCUUUAUCGAAGAUCGACGAUUGGCAUGUGUUUGACUGAAACGUUAGAUGAGAUGGUUCAAAAUGGUACUCUCAGUCCUGAACUUGCUAUUCAAGUUCUCGUCCAAUUCGAUAAGUCAAUGACUGAAGCUCUUGAAGCUCAAGUGAAGACGAAGGUCACCAUCAAGGUACUGAUCAUAAUAGAUGGACAUCUCCACACCUACAGAUUCUGUGACAACGUCUGGACUUUCAUAUUACAAGAUGCAUUGUUCAAGAGUGAGGAGUUGACGGAAAAUGUCAGCCGAGUUAAAAUUGUAGCAUGUGACUCUAAGCUCCUUACACAGUAAUGUGUACUAGAUUGUUAUUAGCUAAAUUCUAGAUCAAAUUUAUCCUGUUGUAGUCUAGUUUCCAAUGCCUUGCACAAAUUAGUGAAUUACUUUAGAAAGGGGCUUGGAUACUAAAACCUAUCUGCUCAUGGAUCAUCUUGGAUUCUUCCAUCAUGGACUUGUGAUUUGUUGUAUGGUUCCAUCCAUGUUUAUAUCAAUGUUGAUGAUAAUUCGAGCACUUGCUGGUA